AUGGCUCACGCUGGCCCAUUAGGACAGCCUAUCACUCUCAAGAUCUCGGGCAAGGUGAUCAAAAACCGACUUUAUCGCACUCCUCUCAGUGAAUAUGCUUCGACAUACGACGAGAACAAUGUUGAGAACUGCGGAAAGCCUCUUCCACGUUAUGCCGAACUCUAUCAAGAACUUGCGGACGGAGGCGCCGGUAUGAUCUGUACUGGCAAUAUCCCCAUUCACCGCGAUAACUUGGAAAACUACAACAAUGCGGUUCUCGACAUCAAUAACCCUUGGGAUGCGGUCGAGGCAUUCCGUCCUGCUUGCAAGGCUGCAAAGUCUCGAGGCGCAAUCUUCCUUCCGCAGCUGCAGUUUCCAGGUCGCCAAGUGCCUGAAUUUCUGAAUGCGAACCCAAAGUCUUCCUCUUCUGAGCAUUUGGAGCCUUGCCUGAACAAAACGUAUGGCAAGCCUUCGCCAUUGACCAGAGCCGAGAUCAAGGAUUUGCAAAAUAGAUAUGUCUGGGCUGCGGAAGUGCUGUUCAAGGCGGGGGCUGAUGGUAUCAUUCUGCAUGCGAGUCACGGAUAUAUCAUGCAACAAUUCCUAUCGCCCUUGAUCAACAAGCGAAAUGAUGAGUACGGUGGAAGUUUGGAGAACCGCGCCCGAUUUAUUCUCGAGAUCGUUAAUGCGAUCAAAGCCAAACUCCCAUUGAACGAGUUCGUGAUCGCUGCUAAGCUCAACUGUCAAGAUUUCAUCGCAGGAGGUGCUAGCUUCGCGGAACAGUGUGUCGUCAUCAAGUGGCUCGAAGAUACCGGUGUAGAUUUCUUCGAUAUAUCGGGUGGAACCUACGCAUCCCCUGCAUGGAGAGGCAACAUUAUGAAGGAUCUAGCAGAGAGACCCUCCCAGAAAGAGAGAGGAAGCUACUUCAUCGAAUGGGCACAGGAAAUGAAGAAAGUCUUGUCCCGCGCCGUUAUUGGAACGACAGGUGGUUGGAGGGAUAGUCACCGGAUGUCGGAAGCUGUUGAAGGAGGCGAUAUUGAUAUGAUCGGGCUUGGAAGGCCACUCCGUGAAGACCCAGAGUUUGUGAACAAAGUCCUUCGCGGUGAGGUCAGGAGGAGUAAUCUUUGA